CAGAUACUGUGUAUAACCUGUGAUAAUGCGUCUUCGAAUGACACCAUGAUUGAGGCGCACAGUGAUUUGAUUCCCUCGUUCCCUGGAGAUCCCAACCGUGCACGGUGCUUCAACCAUGUGAUCGCCCUCAUAGCAAAAAGUUCGAUAUGUCAAUUUGAU